AUUAUUUAAGCGGCUACAGCUAACCCUAAACGGUAGGCAACCCAAAGCUUCCAAGAUACCGUCCAAUCCCGCGAGGUUUUCUGAUAUCAAGCCAUUCUCGCGACAAGACUGCGUUAUUUGGUAUAAUUACAGAGACUAUGGCGGACAGGCUAACUCAGCUCCAAGACGCUGUUAAUUCACUUGCAGAUCAGUUUUGUAACGCCAUCGGCGUCCUGCAACAGUGUGCGCCUCCAGCUUCGUUCAGUAACAUCCAAACAGCAAUCAACAAAGAUCAACCAGCAAACCCGACCGAAGAAUAUGCCCAGCUGUUUGCCGCUCUGAUCGCCAGAACAGCCAAAGAUGUGGAUGUAUUAAUCGACUCUCUGCCCAGUGAGGAGUCCACGGCAGCCCUGCAGGCCGCCAGUCUGAGGCAGCUGGAGGAGGAGAACCAUGAGGCAGCAGCCCGACUGGAGGAGGUGGUUUACCGUGGCGAUAUGCUGCUGGAGAAGAUCCAGAGCGCCCUGGCUGACAUUGCCCAGUCACAGCUCCGCACCCGCAACGGAGCACUGAGCCAAGCGUCGCCGUCUGAGUCUUGACCCGCAGCGCACGGGAUGCAGUUAUGGACAAUUUUCUGUCCUUUUCCUCAUCACAUAACAUUAGCUGCAAGCCUCAAAACACCCCAAAAUAUGCCGAAUGUGUCCAUAAAGGAAAUGUGAGAUGCCAUACAGUCACUGGAAAAAUAAUUUGGUUGCAUAAUAACAGCAAUACUGGAAAAUGCUAGGUGCAGUUUAAUCGGUAGUCCAAAAGACUGUGAUCUGAAUGUGUGACUGCUCACCCUGAGUUUUUUAUGUUUUAUGUAUAUGUUGUAUAAUGAUUAAGCUUGUUUUUGUUUAUUUAUGAAUGAAUCCUAGAGUGUCUGAGUACCUCACAACACACUUCAGUUAUCAGUCUGCUCAGCUCACUGUAACUCCAUAUCUGAUGUUCAUUGUCUUUUUUUAAUAAAGCUUCAACAAAUA